UUCCAGCUUUUAAUUUUUGUGUUGUAGUAAUUUUGCUUAUUCACGACCCGGAAGCCAUGACGUAUAUGUAGGGGUCAAAGGUCAAUAUUUUGCUGCAUCGCUGCUCCGCUAAUUCAUACGCCACCCAGUGACAGGGUGCCACACAACGGAACAAUAAAAGAGCGUUUACGGGCAAGGAGGCCCACGACUAUAUUUUUUAUAUUUCUCUCUUUUUGGACGCAAUUGAGCUAAAUUGCCUUUUAUUUGAUUGCUUUCUGCUGCUGCUCUGCCACGUUCAACGUAUUUUUGCUUAUUUUGAGCUCUGCAUCUUUAAGUUGCCGCUUCUCCAUGAUGGCUUCACAAACCCCCCUAACGUCUCCCACCGCUACCGCCAAUGCAGCCGUCUCCCCUCCCAUCCCCCAACUGUCAACAGCCGGUGCCACAGGUGCCGUGGCCAUAGGCCAGCUCCCGACCAUGCAACAACUACCAACAAUAAGAGACCCGGAAUGGCUGAAGCUUGAGGUUUGCCGUGAAUUUCAGCGAGGCGCUUGCAAACGAACAUCAGAAGAAUGUAAAUACGCCCAUCCCGGGAAGAACAUUCAAGUCAUGCCUGACGGGAAAGUUAUCGCCUGCUUCGAUGCGCUGAAGAGUCGUUGUACCCGUGAAUCUUGCAAGUAUCUUCACCCACCAGGCCAUUUGAAACAACAACUAGAAAUCAACGGCAGGAACAACCUGAUCCAACAAAGAGCAAUGUUACAGAUGAUGCCACAGACUAUACUGCAGUCUCCUGUGCAACAGCAGGCCAUGCAAGGUGCAAGCAAUGCUCCGCAGCCAGCAGCAGCAAUGAUGUCAGCAGCAGGCUUGCAGCAAGCGGCAGCCUCUCAAGGAGCCCAUCUUUACUCGCCUGCAGCUGUGGCAGCUAGUACUCCCACAUACACAAUGCUACCCACAGGCGAAAUCACUCUGGCAAAUUCUCCGCUUUUCUACUAUUCGAAUAAUGUCGUAUCAACCACUGCCCACCCGAUGGCGCUGGCAAAUUCUGGACAACAAGUUACUGCAAUCGCCUCCCCAUUGAAUGCGUUAUCAAGAGCUGAUAGGCUAGAGGUCUGCAGAGAUUUCCAGCGAGGUAACUGCACUCGUGGUGAGCAUGAGUGCCGGUACGCCCAUCCUGUUGAUCGUUCAAUGAUCGAGAUGACUGAUAACACCGUGACAGUCUGUAUGGAUUGCAUUAAAGGAAGAUGCACCAGGGAUAAAUGCAAAUAUUUCCACCCACCACCGCAUUUACAGGCAAAGAUUCGCGCUAGUCAGCACCAAGCGUCUUUUCUCCCAACAAUGGCAGCUCCAUCUUUGAGUCCUGUCCAGCAAGCGGUUGUGGGACAAGGUGUGAAACGGCCAGCUCUUGCCCUGGACAUGGCGAACAACAAUGCAUCAAAUGCACUUGGACAACCACCGUUGAAGAGACACGCCCUGGAUAGCAAAAUGGUCACCCAAUCUGCGGCGCUCGGUGCACCUCUAGCGCCAUCUCCCAACGGAACUCUGUACAGUUACGGACUUCCAAUUCAUCAACAAUCAGCUGCCACAGCUGCCCAUGCAUAUUAUCAAGUGCCGCUACAGUAUUCUAUCUACGGUGCAGCGGCCCCUGCGAACAUUCAAACAGCACCAGGACUUGCUACGGUCUCUCUCCCGACUGCAAACGGACAGACAAGCGCUCCUUCUGCCACCACUCUCGCUUUACUGAAUGGUCAGAGUCAGAAUUCUUCACUAACCGUUUGUCGAGAUUACCAAUCAGGAAAAUGUGCUCGUCCUUAUUGUCGUUUUGUUCAUGUCACAGAAGAUUUUGUUGAAGUAAAAGACGAUAAAGUUACUGUGUGCAAAGACGCUUUACUUGGAAAAUGUCUUCGAUCCCAAUGUAGAUUUUUUCAUUACCCCCCACAACAAGAACCCCAACAACCCCAGUACCCUUCCUAUCCUAACAACAUACAUCAUCAACUUGCUGCACAGCCUGAGGCUCAGCCUAUCACCUUACAAAAUCCGUCAGCACAUGGGAUGCUAUCUCCCGUUCCUGCUGGAAUUUACCCUCAGCCUGUGCUGUCUGACUUGCAAGUUAGCCUUUGAAGCCUGCUGAUAUUUCAGCAGUCAUCAGGCAUAUUGACACCUGAUGCUGUUUUUCUAAUUUGUAACUGCUGAAACAGCAAGCCUAACCCUAAACAUACCAGUAAUAUCAGUUGUUCAACUUUUAUGUAAGCCUUGAACAGUUUUGCUUGAUACUGAUACAAGCCUGCUGAACAGUGAGCCUAGGCCUGCUUAAUCAGCCAGCCCCAGGCUGCUAAUUUAAAACAUGACACCCUGCCUUACUGAACAAAGUUCUAUUGGUUUAUCUUUUAUUUUCAAAUAAUUAUAGUCACGAAAUAAUAUAAUUUCAAAUUGUAAAUUAGCCAUUAUAAGGCUAAACCUAGGGCCGAUCUUUUGCCAAAGUUUGAAUUAGUAAUUGAGCCACCUUACUGGCUUUCCUCUUCCCGGAGAUAAUUAUGAGUUCCAAUGUUAUUUUUUAAAGCCUAAUCUUCAUGUAUGUUUAUUUGUCUGAAUAAAUAACAAAUUCCAUAAAUGGUCAUUAGGCAUAUUUGCACAGUGCGAUGCAUCAAAGGUUAUAAUGCAGGCCACAUAUGCAUUAUUAAAAAAUUUUGUAUCGCUGCGGCCCUGCCAUCAAAAUUCAAUUAAACGCUUAACUACUCCUAUAUCGAUAUGAUUAGAAAAUUAAUAAGACAUGCCAUCAUUUUUCGCACCAGUACCAGUAUAGUUCAAUGUUAAAGAAUAUGGAAGCUAUACUCUAAAUUUUUUCAAAUAUUUGUUCCCCCCUCUUAUCGGCCUUGGGUCCCCCCAUUAUUGGCAAUCAGUUACUAUUAUUAAUUAUUUUAUUGAAGUUCCACAUUGUAAUUAUUUUAUUGUGAAUACCAGUUGCCAGAUUUUGUGUGUGUUAAGUGAUGUUUGAAACAUGUUAUCGGCUUUUAUCUCCCCCCAGAUAGGUGCGUCUGGAAUGACUAGCUAACUGGUGUUUGUGUUGUCUUAUUCCUUUCCUCUCAUAUUUUGGGUAAAUUCUAAGAUUGAUUACCUAAAUAGUCCUAAAUAGAAAAUAUGUAUAAAUAUAAUAUGUCCGUGCAUCUGAAACAAAUAACUGGCUAACUUAUCCCAUACUCGACAUGGACUGGUAAUCGGACGAGAGGCCGUGGUUCGCCAUACAAUUAAGCGGUUAUCGGCUUUCCUCUCCUCUCAGAAAAAUAUGAAAAACCCAUUUCAAAAAAAAUCUGAAAGUUGAGUAAUAUAUAUAUUUAUUCAGACAAAUAUUAUUUGUUUUUAAUUUGGCAUGAACGGGGACUAAAUUUACCCCACCAAAAUUCCCCCUCCCCAAAUAGUUACGCUAGUGUCCUUUCAAUUUCUCCACCACACACCACCUUGGCAACUUAUAUUAUUUCUUUUAUUUCUUUCUACAAUGACUUAGUCAAGUUCCGUUAUAUAUUAUAUAUGUCAACAAUUUUUACUUAUUUUAGUUUGUGUUACUUUUUUUUUCGCACUCUUACCCCACUCCCCCCCAUCUUCUUAUAGUACAUACAUUAAAUAGUACGAAAUUCGCACAAAAAUUUGAACCAAGUUGCACAUUUUAGAAUAAAAUUACUAUAAUCACUUUUAAAUCACAAAUUUGGUAAAAAAAGAUAGUUUUUUUGUGCGUUUAUAAAUUACCCAUAGUGCCAUUUUACCCAUAGUGCAAUUUUUGGAAAAAAUGGCCGAUUUUAACUUUUUUAUUUUUUGUUUUCAUUUUUUUUUUGUUUGAUAAAAAAGACUUACGCUGGAAAAAGUUAUGAGCGACCCCGAAUAUUCAAAAAUUUAACGAUCGUGCAAUUCAUUAUCUACUGUAGCGCGUUUUCAGUGUUUUUUAACAAUUUUUACAGGUUUUAGAAUUUUUUUGGUUAAAAUAACGCGCUUUUCGUGCCGGCUAAUCACUAAAAUUGCUCAUAUUUUAUUUGUUAAAGUUCCACGCCAAGCGUUGUUCUCGUUUAAUAGCUUCCAUAAAAUGCAUUCAAGGCCUAGCAUAGGAAACUGGUUUUAAUUAUUCCCACACCCGACAUGAUAACCGGACGAGAGACUGUGGUUUGUCAUAUUAUUAAGUUAUUUUUUCGUAUUUUCUUUUCCACAGGAUGUAAAUGAAAUAUGUAAUCGGACAAUCAUUUUUAUUGUCCUUUCCAUCCUUUGAGAUAACUAUGUAAACGGUUAACGGACAAGCGGACAUGGUUCGUUAUAUUAUAGAUUCAUCUUAGCGAUCUCUCUUUUCUCUCCCCCUGGUAAACGGUAAAUGGACGAGAAGCAUGGUUCUCUAUAAUUCUAUAUCACCUAAUUUUGACAAAUACGAAUAUAUACCAAAAUAAAUAUUUGGUUUUUGGUGAAUUGCUAAAUUAACGGUAACGGAAUCACUCGGUAAUUAACGGUACAACCGUUAAGAACCAUAGUCCGUCACAACCAUUAUCUAUAUUUCGUUUCUGACACAAACCGGUCAACCAAACCAUUGGCCAGUACUGUGAAUAGCGCACUAUAUGGUUCUACUAAAAUACACGGAAUUGAAUAUUUCUCCCCAAAAUUUAGCGCCAACAGCAUUUUUUUUCCUUUAUUUUAUCAUCAUUAUUCAGCAAUUUAGAUUUUCGCUACGCUUUUGCGCAGCAAUACUCGCGUUUACAUUAUUAUGUUCGCUCUGCAUUGACUUUUUAAGAUUGUAACAUCGGGCUGUUUCCCAUGCAAGGUCCGGUGGUGACCGGAGAUGUGGAGUCAAAAAAGGAACACCGACUCCGGAUUGAUAGUAUAUUAAUGCGACUGAUGCGCAAGUUUUUUUUCGUUUCUAGUAGCAAUUUCCGAUUUUUACGUCUGAAAUUUCGACUUCGGCGUGGCACUAUCACCUAAUGGCCGCCUGACCAGUUCUUUAUUCGGAAUAAACUGUAAAUUUUAUUAUCAACUCUUCACAUUAUUUCUAUGUACUGGAAAAAAAGUAAUUUAAAAAGUCAAAAUUCGAAGUAACUCAUAUUUCAUUUUUCAAUUUCGAAUUAUAUUAAUCAAUUGGUCAACCCCUUGCGUUUAAAAAAAACGGGUUUACGUCUGUUUGGCCGCUUGUAUACAUCUACUCCGCGAUUUGGGUUGUUAUAUUCAGUAACACUAAGGAUGUAUCGAUGGUCCCCAAUCACUUUUUUAUCGGUCUGUCCAUCAACUCUUCUUUAAUAAAUAUUGGUUUAUCAUGCGAUGGCGAAUUAAAAAUAGGGAUGGGUGAAUGGUCUCCAAGACAGCCGCAGCUUUCUGCACGAUGGAAGUUGUUACUUGGCACUUAAAUCUUGAACGAAUGAGUUUUGUUCACUCAUAUUAAGUCUUGCAACCUUGUUUUGAGCGGCUUCCGAUGUUACAGUCUUUAAAAGUCAGCCUUUAUAUCUGCAUAUAUCCAAGCUGAUAACAUUAUGUACAGCACUAACAAAGCAUUGUAUCUGUUUCCAUAGACGGGUCACAUUUACCGCCCAUGUAUACCCGUUUUAUUAUUAAGUGUUCUCCUAUCCAAAUUGAAUCGGUAGCCGUGGCUGUUGCGUGAUUUUACCACGUGAAUUCGGAUAUCUUUUGAAGUAAAUUGUUUACGGCCCACUAACAGUUUUAUAUUUUUAAAAAAAUUGGUAUUCGUCCAAUUAUAAUGCCACCAGAAAUCCAAUUUUUCAUCGAGACAAAGAGAAAUGAUAUGAAAGGAUUUAUAUGAUUGGCUAUAUCUGGCAUUUAGCCACGUUAUUAUCGUUCAUACAAAAAUAAGCUUACAUACGGCAUUAUUAAAUGUGCAUAUAUUAUAAAAUUUUCCCCUUCUCCGUAAUUUGUGUUAACCAAGUCAAAUGAAUUACAUAAAGUGAAUGCAUCUAAAGUUUGGAAAUUCUGAGAACCUUCUGGUCCAACCGUGAUGUCCUUCGUUGUUAUUUUUAUCUUUUCUGUACAGCAUGCUUAUUCACUGCAACAAUUUUAUGCAAAUGAGCCUCUUCUUCCUUCCACGUAUGAGGAGUGUUAUUUCCUCAUGUUUAACCAAUCCGCGCGGUUUUUAAGCACAGGGUGACAUCAAAAAUGAUCCCAUAAAUUUCUUAGUGACUUCUACGAAAAUUGAGCUUUCUGUUGUGCAUGAUGCACCCGUAAAUUUUGAGACACCAAAAUUUUUGAAUGAAUUUCGAAUGAAGGCUCCGUAAGUAUAAACUUAUACAACAACCAUAAUUCUGUUGCAUACAUAGAAAAUGCUCUGGCCAUGAUAUAAGUAAGACCGAUUCUGUUAUUGGGCGCUCAAUUUUCCCUGCGUAAGUUCGAAUGUGAUUCGGAUCAACUUGUACGAGAAUUGCUCGAUAAUAUUAGAGAAUUCUUGUGUGGGAUGACACUAAUAUGCAAUGGCUAUCAUUCUUGAAAAAACAUCCAAGACAAAGUUUAAAAAUGCACACCCUUGAAUGUUGACUGGCGAUCUUUAACAACUGUUGUUGAAUUGAAAUACUUGCACGUUAUUAAUUAGGUAAAAAUACCAAUUUCCGAUUUGAACUUAUUUUGUCGAGACAUUUUACGACUGAAACUUUUUGUAUCUUUUGCGCCCCCAACCAAACGGCCCCCCACAGCGCGGCCCAUGCCCGCCCUACCCCAGAAACCAAUGUGUAAACACAUGCGUGGAAUAGACAAGGAGCCUUAUUUGCAUAAAGUUUAAAUUUUUCAUCAAGAAUAUUCGCGCCUUUUACCAACCAUGGUCACGUCAGCCAAACUGCUUGGUUAUUUAAUGCAGUAUUAAAUUAAUAUUUCGGCUGAGUAUGUUAUGCUUUUGCUUCUGAUACCAAGUAUCUUGUGAUGUCAUAAACAACACUGUUAUGUAAUGCGUAGCAAUUAUGAUGUCAUCACCUUUUAUUUUUAAAUGUAUCAUGAUGUCACAAUCAAUAAGCUUACUGUUAAAAUUUUGUUUUUAAUGCACCACCAAUGGUGGUUAGUGACAUCACAAAUAAUUUAUUAUGGCAUCAUCAGCAGUGAUUGUUUUAUCAUAAUGAGUAUAUUGUGACAUCAUUAUUAGCAGCAAUUGUGCCUUAAAGCAAGCGCAUUUUGCAGCAAAUCAUAAGUUCCGCUAAAAUUUAAAAUAAUUCACAAUAAAAGCUUUUUUCUGCCCAAUAGUUCCAAUUUCACGUGAAACGUGUCAACUUUUUUGAUGAAAAAUAACAUUUUCUUGGUAUUUUAAAUAAAAACAUAUUAAAGAUA